AUGGACGGCCUCGACGAAUUUGAAAAGGCCCUGGCAGCAGAGAAGGGCGAGAAGGAGCGCAUCGAGCGCGAAAAAGAAGAGCGCCGACAGAGGAAGAAGCAGCGCAGCCACCAUCACCAUCACCGCGAUCGGUCUUCUGACAGACACCGAGACCGCGAUCGCGAUACACAUCGCAGUCGAGAUGGCGACCGCGACCGAGACCAUGACAGGCAUCGACAGCACAGAUCCCGCCGCCACGAAGAAGAUGGGGAUGAUGGUCACAGACACAAGCGUUCUCGUCAUGAAAGGGACGACGAGGAGCGGCGAUCGAGGCAUAGGCACAGAGAAAGAGACGACGAGCGGCGGACGGACACACACGAAAAGACGUCAGACCCGAAAGAGGACUUGCCUAUUCCGGAUGAAGAAACACCCCAGAACUCCAAGGACACAGAAGCACCACUGAUGCGCGAUUCUUGGAUGACUGCGCCGUCGGCUCUCGACAUCGACUACGUUCAGCGGAAACAGAAGGAGGUUAAGCCGCCACCACCAAAGGAAGAGGCUCCGAGAGUCAUUCACGAAAGAGAAAUCAACAGAGACUUCGCUGAAGUGGAUAAUAUCCCGACAUCGGAUGAGAAGGCUGCGACAGCAGAGCGGACAGUCAAUUACACAUUCGGAGACAAUGGCUCCCAGUGGCGCCUGACGAAACUCAAGGGUGUCUACUCCAUGGCUGAGGAGUCUGGCCGGUCGGUUGAAGAUGUUGCCCUUGAGAGAUUUGGUGAUUUGCAAGAAUUCGACGACGCGAGAGAGGAAAAGAUCGAGAUGGACAGGCGCAAGGUGUAUGGAAGUGGCUAUGUGGGCAAGGAGAAGCCUACGGGAGACCUUUAUCGCGAGCGCAUGGAGAAACGCCGACAAGAAGAGACACCCGCCGCGCGAGACGAUAUCCACGAUGUGGAACAAGGCGUCAUCAUCCCCGACAAUGCCAUGCAGCAUACGCCCAUGGACCAGACCGCGUUGAACAGAAUGCGAGCUCAGAUGAUGAAGGCGAAGCUUCGCAGAGCACCAGAUGCUGCCAAGUUGGAAGCCGAGUACAAUCAAGCCGCAGCGAAUUUUGCCACGAACGGGCCGCAGUCUGUUGUUCUCGGUGUCAUGGAUAACCGAAUGCUGGCAGGGACUCGUGGUGAGGUCAAGGCCAUCGAAAACAAGCGUGGGCGAGAGCGCGGGAACGUUGAAGCCAACGAGGACAUGUCAAUCGAAGACAUGGUUCGCGAGGAGCGCAGGACGCGCGGUCAAGCAGGCGGCGAAGGUAUGCGGCUCGCUGAGCGCAUUGCCAAGGACGGUAAAUUUGACGACGACCUCGAUUACAUGGACGAGAAUGCGGACAAGCUUGCCAAGCGAGUUCACAAGUCCGAGGUUAACCUCAAGAACGUGGCUGUCAACGAAUAUCAAAAGGUGUCACGGAUAUUGGACAAUUGUCCGUUGUGCCAUCACGAGGACAAAGGACAGCCCCCUCUGGCACCCGUCAUCUCUCUUGCGACGCGCGUGUUCCUGACACUGCCCACGGAACCUGAGGUCAGCGAAGGCGGCGCUGUCAUUACGCCCAUGGCGCACCGCAAGAACCUGCUGGAGUGUGACGACGACGAAUGGGAAGAAAUUCGAAACUUUAUGAAGUCUCUGACGAGAAUGUACCACGAAAAGGGCCAAGAAGUCAUUUUCUACGAGAAUGCAGCCACGCCGCAGAGGCAUCUCCAUGCGGCCAUGAUGGCUGUGCCGAUCCCGUACGAAGAGGGCGCGACGGCUCCGGCCUACUUUAAAGAGGCCUUCCUCACCACGGAAGAUGAGUGGUCGCAGCACCGGAAGAUAAUUGACACGGCCGCCAAGGCAAGAGAUGGCAUGGGCAGGACGGCGUUCCGGAGGAGCAUCGCAAAGGAGAUGCCCUACUUCCACGCGUGGUUCACGCUCGACGGCGGCCUCGGGCACAUCGUCGAGAACUCUGACCGGUGGCCGAGAGGAGACCUUUUUGCAAGGGAGAUAAUCGGGGGCAUCCUAGACGUCGGCCCGGACGUGAUCAAGAAACAGGGACGGUGGAACAAGGGUGACCGGAGAGUCGAGGGUUUCAAGAAGAAAUGGAGGAAGUUCGACUGGACCCGCGUCUUAGCCGAUGGUUAA